GGGCGCGGGGGGCGGGGGGCUCGGCGCCGCGAGCUCGGCCAUUGUGGGAGCCGCUCCCCUCCGCCGCACCGCAGCCGCCUGCCGGCUUCCUCCUCACGCUCACAGGAUCCCUUCUCCCAGGACAUCUAGUCCUUCCUGUAGCUACUCCUGCUUGGACCAUGUCUUCCUCUGAUGAAGAAACGCUCAGUGAGCGAUCCUGUCGGAGUGAGAGGUCAUGUCGUAGCGAGAGAUCGUACAGGAGUGAGCGGUCAGGGAGCCUGUCUCCCUGUCCCCCUGGGGACACCUUGCCCUGGAACCUGCCACUGCAUGAGCAGAAGAAGCGGAAAAGCCAGGAUUCUGUGCUGGACCCUGCAGAACGCGCCGUGGUCAGAGUUGCUGAUGAGCGGGACCGGGUGCAAAAGAAAACAUUCACCAAGUGGGUCAACAAGCACUUGAUGAAGGUCCGCAAGCACAUCAAUGAUCUCUAUGAAGACCUUCGGGAUGGACACAACCUGAUCUCUCUGUUAGAGGUCCUCUCGGGCAUCAAACUGCCCAGAGAAAAGGGCAGGAUGCGUUUUCACAGGCUGCAGAAUGUGCAGAUUGCCCUGGACUUCCUAAAGCAGCGGCAGGUGAAGCUAGUGAACAUCCGCAAUGAUGACAUCACGGACGGCAAUCCCAAGCUCACCCUGGGCCUCAUCUGGACCAUCAUCUUGCAUUUCCAGAUCUCUGACAUCUAUAUUAGUGGGGAGUCAGGGGAUAUGUCAGCCAAAGAGAAGCUACUCUUGUGGACUCAGAAAGUAACAGCUGGUUACACAGGAAUCAAGUGCACCAACUUUUCUUCCUGCUGGAGCGAUGGGAAAAUGUUCAAUGCAUUGAUUCACCGAUACAGACCUGACCUGGUAGAUAUGGAGAGAGUACAAAUCCAGAGUAACCGGGAGAAUCUGGAACAGGCUUUCGAGGUAGCUGAGAGACUUGGUGUCACCCGAUUGCUGGACGCAGAAGAUGUGGAUGUGCCAUCUCCAGAUGAAAAGUCUGUAAUCACUUACGUGUCUUCCAUUUACGAUGCCUUCCCCAAAGUCCCUGAGGGAGGAGAAGGAAUCAGUGCUACGGUAAAGGACGGACUCAGAUGGCAAGAAUACCAAAGGAGUGGACUCACUCAUUCCCCUGGAUCCAGGCAGCAUACAAUCUGAUGUCAGAAUAAAUCUUUUCCCCAGAACCCUGUUGAACUAAAGGCACUUUAUAACCAAUAUAUACACUUCAAAGAAACGGAAAUUCUGGCCAAGGAGAGAGAAAAAGGAAGAAUCAAAGAGUUAUAUAAGUUAUUAGAGGUGUGGAUUGAAUUUGGCAGAAUUAAGCUGCCUCAAGGCUACCACCCUAAUCAUGUAGAAGAAGAAUGGGGGAAACUCAUCGUUGAAAUGCUAGAGCGAGAGAAAUCCCUGCGGCCGGCUGUGGAGAGGCUAGAAUUGCUGCUGCAGAUUGCAAACAAAAUACAGAAUGGUGCUUUGAACUGUGAAGAAAAACUGACACUAGCUAAGAAUACACUGCAGGCUGAUGCUGCACACCUGGAGUCAGGACAGCCAGUGCAGUGUGAGUCAGAUGUCAUCAUGUACAUUCAGGAGUGUGAGGGUCUCAUCAGGCAGCUGCAGGUGGAUCUCCAGAUCCUACGGGAUGAAAAGUACUAUCAGUUAGAGGAGCUGGCCUUCAGGGUCAUGCGUCUGCAGGAUGAACUGGUCACCCUGCGCUUAGAGUGUACCAAUCUAUACCGGAAAGGCCAUUUCACAUCACUUGAAUUGGUUCCGCCCUCUACUUUAACCACUACUCAUCUGAAAGCAGAACCUCUGAACAAGACGACUCAUUCUUCUUCUACCUCCUGGUUUCGAAAACCUAUGACCCGGACUGAGCUUGUAGCCAUCUCAUCCUCUGAAGACGAGGGCAGUCUCCGAUUCGUAUAUGAACUACUCUCUUGGGUAGAAGAGAUGCAGAUGAAACUGGAGCGAGCAGAGUGGGGAAAUGACCUGCCCAGCGUGGAGCUGCAGUGGGAAACACAGCAGCACAUCCACACCAGUGUGGAAGAGCUGGGCUCAAGCGUCAAGGAGGCCAGGCUGUACGAGGGAAAGAUGUCCCAGAAUUUCCAUACCAGCUAUGUGGAGACUCUUGGAAAGUUGGAGACACAGUAUUGUAAGUUGAAGGAGACUUCUAGCUUCCGAAUGAGGCACCUUCAGAGCCUGCACAAAUUUGUUUCCAGAGCCACAGCUGAACUGAUCUGGCUGAAUGGGAAGGAGGAAGAAGAGCUAGCAUGUGAUUGGAGUGACAGUAAUCCCAAUAUCUCAGCCAAGAAAGCCUACUUCUCUGAGUUGACAAUGGAACUGGAAGGGAAACAAGAUGUAUUUCGUUCUCUACAAGAUACAGCAGAACUGUUGUCACUUGAGAACCACCCUGCUAAGCAAACUGUGGAGGCAUAUAGUGCUGCUGUCCAGUCCCAGUUGCAGUGGAUGAAGCAGCUGUGCCUAUGUGUUGAACAACAUAUAAAAGAGAAUGCAGCUUACUUCCAGUUCUUCAGCGAUGCCCGAGACCUGGAGUCAUUUCUGAGAAACCUACAAGACUCCAUCAAACGAAAAUAUACCUGCGACCACAACACCAGUCUGUCCCGCCUCGAGGAUCUGCUACAGGACUCCAUGGAUGAAAAGGAGCAGCUUAUACAGUCCAAGAGUUCCGUUGCCAGUCUUGUUGGGAGAUCAAAAACCAUUGUUCAGCUAAAGCCACGCAAUCCAGACCAUGUGCUGAAGAGCACUUUAUCUGUGAAGGCCAUCUGUGACUACCGACAGAUUGAGAUCACUAUUUGCAAAAAUGAUGAAUGUGUGCUGGAGGAUAAUUCUCAGCGGACCAAGUGGAAGGUGAUCAGUCCUACAGGGAACGAGGCAAUGGUGCCAUCGGUCUGCUUCCUCAUUCCCCCACCAAAUAAGGAGGCCAUUGAGACGGCCAGCAGGGUGGAACAGUCUUACCAGAAGGUGAUGGCCCUUUGGCACCAGCUACACAUUAACACCAAAAGCCUUAUCUCCUGGAACUACUUGCGGAAGGAUAUUGAUGCCAUACAGACCUGGAACUUAGAAAAGCUUCGUUCCUCAGCCCCAGGAGAGUGCCAUCAGGUUAUGAAGAACCUCCAGGCACACUAUGAAGACUUUCUCCAGGACAGUCAUGACUCUGCCCUCUUUUCUGUGGCCGAUCGCUUGCGAAUAGAGGAGGAGGUGGAAGCUUGUAAAACCCACUUCCAGCAGUUGAUGGAAUCAAUGGAGAACGAGGACAAAGAAGAGACUUUGGCAAAGGUAUACAUCUCAGAGCUGAAGAAUAUCCGACUCCGCCUGGAGGAAUGUGAGCAGAGGCUGCUCAAACAAAUUCAGUCUUCAGCCAGCUCUAAGACUGACAGAGAUGCCAGGCAGGACGUCGCAUUGAGGAUUGCAGAGCAGGAGCACGUGCAGGAGGAUUUGAAGCAUUUGAGAUCUGACCUGGAUGCUGUUUCUGUGAAAUGCACCACCUUUCUCCAGCAGUCUCCAUCAGGCUCGAGUGCCACAACUCUGCGCUCCGAGCUGAACCUAAUGGUCGAGAAGAUGGACCAUGUCUAUGGUCUGUCUAUUGUCUGUCUGAAUAAGUUAAAGACAAUUGAUGUUAUAGUACGCAGCAUACAGGAUGCUGAGCUGUUGGUCAAAGGUUAUGAGAUCAAGCUGAGUCAAGAAGAAGCGGUGCCAGCAGACCUCUCAGCUCUGGAGUCCCAUCGGACCACGUUACAGCACUGGCUUAGUGAUGUGAAAGACAAGAAUUCAGUAUUCUCAGUCCUGGAUGAGGAAAUCUCUAAGGCCAAGGCAGUGGCAGAACAGCUCCAUCACCGAGCAGCAGAGCCGAACUUGGAUUUGGAGCGUUACCAGGAGAAAGGCUCGCAGCUUCAGGAGCGAUGGCACCGUGUCAUUGCCCAGCUGGAGACCCGGCAGUCGGAGGUAGAAAGUAUCCAGGAAGUUCUGAGAGAUUACCGAGCCUGCCAUGGGACUCUCAUCAAGUGGAUUGAGGAAACCACUGCCCAGCAGGAAAUGAUGAAGCCGGGCCAGGCAGAGGAUAGCAGAGUGCUGUCUGAGCAGCUUAGUCAGCAGACGGAACUGUUUGCUGAGAUUGAGAGAAAUCAGACAAAACUGGACCAAUGUCAAAAACUUUCCCAGCAGUACUCCACUACUGUAAAGGACUAUGAGUUGCAGCUUAUGACGUACAAGGCCUUCGUGGAGUCACAGCAGAAAUCUCCGGGCAAGCGCCGUCGCAUGAUUUCCUCUUCAGAUGCCAUCACACAGGAGUUCAUGGACUUGAGGACUCGAUACACAGCUUUGGUGACAUUAACGACUCAGCAUGUAAAAUAUAUCAGUGAUGCUCUCCGGCGGUUGGAAGAAGAAGAGAAAGUGGUAGAAGAGGAAAAACAAGAACAUGUGGAGAAGGUUAAAGACCUUUUGGGUUGGGUGUCUACUCUGGCGAGAAAUACACAAGGAACAACUACCUCAUCUCGCACUAGUGCAUCCACAGACAUUGAGAAGGCCAUUUUGGAGCAGCAGGUUCUGGCAGAAGAGCUGACAACCAAGAAAGAACAAGUUUCUGAGGCCAUUAAAACGUCACAAAUCUUCUUAGCCAAGCAUGGUCAUAAGCUUUCAGAAAGAGAGAAGGAACAGAUCUCUGAGCAGUUGAGUGCCUUGAACAAGACUUACCAUGAUCUUUGUGAUGGUUCCGCAAACCAACUCCAGCAGCUCCAGAGCGAGCUGGCUCAACAGACAGAACAAAAGACUCUGCAGAAGCAACAAGACACGUGUCAUAAGAAGCUGGAGGAUCUCCGCAGCUGGGUCGGACAGGCAGAAAGGGCACUGGAGAGGCACCGGGGCAGGGCCUCUCAGCAAGAGCUUUCUGCUCUGCAGCAGAACCAAAGUGACUUGAAGGAUUUGCAAGGUGACAUUCAGAAUCACUCCACCUCAUUUGCCACUGCUGUCAAAGACAUUGAAGGGUUCCUAGAAGAGAACCAGAACAAGCUGAGCCCUCAGGAGCUGACAGCUCUUCGAGAAAAACUUCAUCAGGCAAAGGAGCAAUAUGAGGGUCUCCAAGAUCGCACACGAGAGGCUCAGAAGGAGCUGGAGGAAGCAGUGACGUCAGCCUUACAGCAGGAGACAGAGAAGAGUAAAGCAGCGACAGAGCUGGCAGAGAACAGAAGGAAGAUCGACGCUCUCUUGGACUGGGUGACUUCUGUGGGGUCAUCUGAUAGACAGCCACAGACUAGCCUUCCAGGAACGGAGCAGUUCUCUGGAGCUUGCCUGGAAAAACAAGCCUUAGAUGCAACAGAUGGUUGUGUGGAUGUAAACCAAGUACCAGAGAAACUGGACAGGCAGUAUGAGUUAAUGAAGGCACGUCACCAAGAAUUGCUGUCUCAGCAGCAGAAUUUCAUUGUGGCUACCCAGUCAGCUCAGUCCUUCCUGGACCAACACAGUCACAAUCUUACACCUGAGGAGCGACAGAUGCUUCAGGAGAAGCUAGGUGAGCUUAAGGAGCAAUAUGCAGCUUCCCUGGCCCAGUCAGAGGCAAAGCUGAGGCAGACGCAGACUCUACGAGAUGAACUGCAGAAGUUCCUGCAAGACCACAGGGAAUUUGAAAACUGGCUAGAACGAUCUGAGAAUGAACUGGAUGGUAUGCAUACGGGAGGCAGCAGCCCUGAAGCUCUGAACUCCUUGCUAAAGCGGCAAGGAAGCUUCUCAGAGGAUGUCAUUUCCCACAAAGGAGACUUGAGAUUUGUGACUAUCUCAGGACAGAAAGUCUUAGAAACAGAAAGCAAUUUUGAGGAAGGCCAGGAGCCGUCACCCACCAGAAACUUAGUGAAUGAAAAACUGAAGGAUGCAACAGAAAGAUACACCACUCUCCAUUCUAAGUGUACACGAUUGGGCUCUCACCUGAACAUGCUGCUAGGCCAGUAUCAGCAAUUCCAGAGCAGCGCUGACAGCCUGCAGGCCUGGAUGUUGACUUGUGAGGCCAGUGUGGAGAAGCUCCUCUCAGAUACUGUUGCCUCUGACCCCGGAAUCCUUCAGCACCAGCUUGCAACCACAAAGCAGUUACAGGAAGAAUUGGCUGAACACCAAGUACCUGUAGAAAAGCUUCAAAAAGCAGCUCAUGACCUAAUGGACAUUGAAGGAGAGCCAUCCCUGGACUGUACGCCUAUUCGAGAAACUACAGAGUCCAUAUUCAGCCGCUUCCAGAGCCUCUCUUGUAGCUUAGCUGAGCGGUCUGCUUUGCUGCAGAAGGCAAUUGCUCAGUCUCAGAGUGUUCAGGAAAGUAUGGAGAGCCUCCUGCAGUCCAUGAAGGAAGUUGAGCAAAACCUGGAAGGGGAGCAGGUGGCAGCACUCUCAUCAGGACUCAUCCAAGAAGCCUUGGCCAACAACAUGAAACUAAAGCAAGACAUUGCUAGGCAAAAAAGCAGCUUGGAAGCCACCCGUGAGAUGGUCACUCGAUUCAUGGAGACCGCUGACGGCAACUCGGCCGCAGUGCUGCAGGGCAAACUGGCAGAGCUGAGCCAGCGAUUCCAUCGGCUGCAGCUCCAGCAGCAAGAAAAGGAGAGCGGCCUGAAGAAGCUCCUGCCCCAGGCCGAGACAUUCGAGCAGCUCUCCAGCAAGCUGCAGCAGUUCGUGGAACACAAAAACCGACUGCUGGCCUCGGGGAACCAGCCAGAUCAAGACAUUGCACAUUUCUCCCAGCACAUCCAGGAACUCACAUUGGAAAUGCAAGACCAAAAGGAAAACCUAGGUACUCUCGAGCACCUAGUUACUGCGCUGGGCUCUUGUGGCUUUGCACUGGAUCUGUCUCAGCACCAAGAAAAGAUACAGAACCUUAAGAAGGAUUUUACAGAGCUGCAGAAGACAGUUCAAGAAAGAGAGAAAGAUGCAUCAAAUUGCCAGGAACAAUUGGAUGAAUUCCGGAAACUGAUUAGAACCUUCCAGAAAUGGCUGAAAGAAACUGAAGGAAAUGUUCCACCUGCAGAGACUUUCGUGAGUGCUAAGGAAUUAGAAAAGCAGAUUGAACACUUGAAGGGUCUCCUAGAUGACUGGGCAGGUAAAGGAGUGCUGGUGGAGGAGAUCAACACCAAGGGCACUGCCUUAGAAAGUCUCAUCAUGGACAUCACAGCGCCUGAUUCCCAGGCUAAGACAGGUUCCGUACUACCCUCUGUAGGAAGCUCUGUAGGCAGUGUAAACGGAUACCACACCUGCAAAGAUCUUACAGAGAUUCAAUGUGACAUGUCUGAUGUAAAUUCCAAGUAUGAUAAACUGGGAGAAGCGCUGCGGGAACGCCAGGAAAGCCUUCAGACUGUCCUCAGCAGAGUGGAGGAGGUCCAGAAGGAGGCGAGCUCUGUAUUACAGUGGUUAGAAUCAAAAGAAGACGUUCUGAAAGGCAUGGAUGCCUCUUUGUCUCCAACCAAGACAGAAACAGUAAAAGCCCAAGCAGAAUCUAAUAAGGCUUUCCUGGCUGAACUGGAACAGAAUUCCCCCAAAAUCCAGAAAGUAAAGGAAGCCCUGGCUGGAUUACUGGAAGCAUAUCCCAAUUCACAAGAAGCAGAAAACUGGAGGAAAAUGCAAGAGGACCUCAAUUCCCGAUGGGAAAAGGCCACCGAGGUUACCGUGGCUCGCCAAAAGCAGCUAGAGGAAUCUGCAAGCCAUCUGGCCUGCUUCCAGGCUGCAGAGUCCCAGCUCCGCCCUUGGCUGAUGGAGAAGGAGCUGAUGAUGGGGGUUCUUGGUCCCCUGUCUAUUGACCCCAACAUGUUGAAUGCCCAGAAGCAGCAGGUCCAGUUUAUGCUGAAGGAAUUUGAAGCACGAAGGCAGCAGCAUGAGCAGCUGACUGAGGCAGCUCAGGGCAUCCUCACGGGUCCUGGAGAUGUGUCUCCAUCUGCCAGCCAAGUACACAAAGAUCUGCAAAGCAUCAGUCAGAAGUGGGUUGAGCUCACCGACAAGCUUAACUCCCGUUCCACCCAAAUUGACCAAGCUAUUGUUAAAAGUACCCAAUACCAAGACUUGCUCCAGGACUUAUCAGAAAAGGUGAAGGCAGUUGGACAGCGACUGAGUGGCCAGUCAGCCAUCAGCACCCAACCUGAUGCUGUGAAGCAGCAGCUCGAGGAGACCAGUGAGAUUCGGUCUGACUUGGGACAACUAGACAAUGAGAUGAAGGAGGCUCAGACGCUGUGCCAAGAACUCUCACUGCUCAUUGGCGAGCAGUACCUCAAGGAUGAGCUGAAGAAACGUUUGGAGACAGUCGCCCUGCCACUCCAAGGCUUAGAAGACCUCGCAGCUGACCGCAUGAACAGACUCCAGGCAGCUCUUGCCAGCACCCAGCAAUUCCAGCAAAUGUUUGAUGAGCUGAGGACCUGGUUAGAUGAAAAACAAAGCCAGCAAGCAAAAAACUGCCCAAUUUCUGCAAAAUUGGAAAGGCUCCAAUCUCAGCUACAAGAGAAUGAAGAGUUUCAGAAGAACCUUAAUCAGCACAGUGGUUCCUAUGAGGUGAUCGUGGCUGAGGGGGAGUCUCUGCUGCUUUCUGUGCCCCCUGGAGAAGAGAAAAAGACUUUACAAAACCAACUGGUUGAACUCAAAAGCCAUUGGGAAGAUCUUAAUAAAAAAACUGCAGACAGACAGUCUAGGCUCAAGGACUGUAUGCAGAAAGCUCAGAAGUAUCAGUGGCAUGUGGAAGACCUUGUGCCCUGGAUAGAAGAUUGCAAGUCCAAGAUGUCUGAGUUGCAGGUUACCCUGGAUCCAGUACAACUAGAGUCUAGCCUCUUAAGGUCAAAGGCUCUGCUGAAUGAGGCAGAGAAGCGCCGCUCCCUGCUGGAAAUACUGAAUAGUGCUGCUGACAUUCUUAUCAAUUCUUCAGAAAUCGAUGAAGAUGAGAUCCGAGAUGAGAAGGCUGGACUCAACCAGAACGUGGAUGCCAUUACCGAGGAGCUGCAGGCCAAAACAGGCUCUCUAGAAGAAAUGACUCAGAGGCUCAAGGAGUUCCAGGAAAGCUUUAAGAACAUUGAAAAGAAAGUUGAAGGAGCCAAACACCAGCUUGAAAUCUUUGAUGCCUUGGGCUCUCAAGCCUGUAGUAACAAGAAUCUGGAGAAGCUAAAGGCUCAGCGAGAAGUGCUACAGGCCUUGGACCCUCAGAUAGACUACCUGCGGGACUUCACUCAGGGACUCGUAGAGGAUGCCCCAGACGGAUCCGAUGCUUCCCCACUCGUGCACCAAGCUGAGCUUGCACAGCAGGAGUUUUUGGAAGUGAAGCAAAGAGUGAACAGUAGCUGCCUGACCAUGGAGAACAAGCUAGAGGGGAUCGGGCAGUUUCACUGUCGAGUCCGAGAAAUGUUUUCUCAAUUGGCUGACCUGGAUGAUGAGCUAGAUGGCAUGGGAGCCAUUGGUAGAGACACAGAUAGCCUCCAGUCACAAAUUGAGGACAUACGGCUAUUCCUUAACAAAAUCCAAGCCCUCAGGCUUGACAUAGAGGACUCUGAAGCAGAGUGUCGAAAAAUGUUGGAGGAAGAGGGGACUUUAGACUUACUGGGUCUCAAGAGGGAGCUAGAAGCCCUUAACAAGCAGUGCGGUAAACUGACAGAGCGAGGGAAAGCUCGCCAGGAGCAGCUAGAGCUGACGCUGGGCCGAGUAGAGGACUUCUACAGUAAACUGAAAGCGCUCAAUGAUGCUGCCACUGCUGCAGAGGAGGGAGAAGCUCUUCAGUGGAUUGUGGGGACUGAAGUCGAUGUCAUCAACCAGCAACUAGCAGAUUUCAAAAUGUUUCAGAAAGAACAAGUGGAUCCUCUUCAGGUGAAAUUGCAGCAGGUGAAUGGACUUGGCCAGGGAUUAAUUCAGAGUGCAGGAAAAAACUGUGAUGUGCAGGGUUUAGAACAUGACAUGGAAGAGAUCAAUACUCGAUGGAAUACACUGAAUAAAAAGGUUGCACAAAGAAUUGCACAACUGCAGGAGGCUUUGUUACAUUGUGGGAAAUUUCAAGAUGCCUUAGAGCCAUUGCUCAGCUGGUUGACAGACACCGAGGAGCUCAUAGCCAAUCAGAAGCCUCCAUCUGCUGAGUAUAAAGUGGUGAAAGCCCAGAUCCAAGAACAGAAGUUGCUCCAGCGACUCCUAGAUGAUCGCAAGGCCACAGUGGAAAUGCUUCAAGCAGAAGGAGGCAGAAUAGCCCAGGCUGCUGAGCUGGCUGAUAGAGAGAAAAUCACUGGGCAGCUGGAAAGCCUUGAAUGUAGAUGGACUGAGCUCCUCAGCAAGGCAGCAGCCAGGCAAAAGCAGCUGGAGGAUAUCUUGGUUCUGGCUAAACAAUUCCACGAGACAGCUGAGCCUAUUUCUGACUUCCUAUCGGUCACAGAGAAAAAGCUUGCUAACUCGGAACCUGUUGGCACUCAAACUGCCAAAAUACACCAGCAGAUUAUUCGUCACAAGGCUCUAGAGGAAGAAAUAGAAAACCAUGCAGCAGAUGUGCAGCAGGCAGUUAAAAUCGGGCAGUCCCUCUCCUCCCUGACAUGUCCAGCAGAACAGGGCAUCAUGUCAGAAAAGCUAGACUCAUUGCAGGCCCGAUACAGUGAAAUUCAAGACCGGUGCUGUCGGAAAGCAUCCCUGCUUGAGCAGGCACUGUUCAAUGCUAGACUGUUCGGGGAGGAUGAGGUGGAGGUGCUCAAUUGGCUGGCUGAGGUUGAGGACAAGCUCAGUGCAGUGUUCGUAAAGGAUUACAGACAGGAUGUCCUGCAGAAACAGCAUGCCGACCACCUGGCUUUAAAUGAAGAGAUUAUUAAUAGAAAGAAGAAUGUAGAUCAAGCUAUUAAAAAUGGUCAGGCUCUUCUAAAACAAACUACAGGUGAGGAGGUGUUACUUAUCCAGGAGAAGCUGGACGGAAUAAAGACCCUUUAUGCAGACAUCACGGUCACUAGCUCCAAGGCCCUCAGAACUUUAGAACAAGCCCGGCAGCUGGCCACCAAGUUCCAUUCUACAUAUGAGGAACUGACUGGGUGGCUGAGGGAGGUGGAGGAGGAGCUGGCGGCCAGUGGAGGACAGUCUCCCACAGGGGAGCAGAUACCCCAGUUUCAGCAAAGGCAGAAGGAACUGAAGAAGGAGGUCAUGGAGCACAGGCUGGUGUUGGACACCGUGAAUGAGGUGAGCCAUGCGCUCCUAGAGCUGGUGCCUUGGAGAGCCAGAGAAGGACUGGAUAAACUUGUGUCUGAUGCCAACGAGCAGUACAAACUGGUCAGUGACACCGUUGGACAAAGGGUAGAUGAAAUUGAUGCUGCUAUUCAGAGAUCACAACAGUACGAGCAAGCUGCUGAUGCAGAACUAGCUUGGGUUGCUGAAACAAAGCGAAAGCUAAUGGCACUUGGUCCAAUUCGUCUAGAACAAGACCAGACUACUGCUCAGCUGCAGGUACAAAAGGCUUUCUCCAUUGACAUCAUUCGACACAAAGACUCCAUGGAUGAGCUCUUCAGUCACCGAGGAGAGAUCUUUAGCACAUGUGGGGAGGAGCAGAAGGCUGUGCUGCAGGAGAAGACCGAGUGCCUAAUACAGCAAUAUGAAGCUGUUAGCCUGCUUAACUCAGAGCGCUAUGCUCGCCUAGAGCGAGCACAGGUCUUAGUGAACCAGUUUUGGGAAACGUACGAAGAGCUCAGCCCCUGGGCUGAGGAGACCCUAGCGUUGAUAGCACAGCUGCCGCCUCCUGCUGUGGACCAUGAGCAGCUCAGACAGCAGCAGGAAGAGAUGAGGCAACUAAGGGAAUCCAUUGCUGAACACAAACCUCACAUUGAUAAGAUACUAAAGAUAGGUCCACAACUGAAGGAGCUAAACCCUGAAGAAGGGAAAAUGGUUGAAGAAAAAUACCAGAAAGCAGAAAACAUGUAUGCCCAAAUAAAAGAUGAGGUUCGCCAACGGGCCCUGGCUCUGGAUGAGGCUGUGUCCCAGUCUGCUCAGAUUGCAGAGUUUCAUGAUAAAAUUGAACCCAUGUUGGAGACUCUGGAGAAUCUGUCCUCUCGCCUGCGAAUGCCGCCCCUGAUCCCUGCUGAAGUAGACAAGAUCAGAGAGUGCAUCAGUGACAAUAAAAGUGCCACCAUGGAGCUGGAAAAACUGCAGCCAUCCUUUGAAGCCCUGAAGCGUCGGGGAGAGGAGCUCAUUGGGAGAUCACAGGGAGCAGACAAGGAUUUGGCUGCAAAAGAAAUCCAGGACAAGCUGGAUCAAAUGGUAUUCUUUUGGGAGGACAUUAAAGCACGGUCUGAAGAGCGAGAAAUUAAAUUCCUUGAUGUCCUUGAGUUAGCGGAGAAGUUCUGGUAUGACAUGGCAGCCCUCCUGACCACCAUCAAAGACACACAGGAGAUUGUCCAUGACCUGGAAAGCCCUGGCAUUGACCCGUCCAUCAUCAAGCAACAGGUUGAAGCUGCUGAGACUAUUAAGGAGGAGACAGAUGGUCUGCACGAGGAGUUGGAGUUCAUUAGAAUCCUUGGAGCAGAUUUGAUUUUUGCCUGUGGGGAAACGGAGAAGCCUGAAGUGAAGAAGAGCAUUGAUGAGAUGAAUAAUGCUUGGGAGAACUUAAAUAGAACUUGGAAAGAACGACUAGAAAAGCUCGAGGACGCCAUGCAAGCUGCUGUGCAGUAUCAGGACACGCUCCAGGCCAUGUUUGACUGGCUGGAUAACACUGUAAUCAGACUCUGCACCAUGCCCCCGGUGGGCACUGACCUCAACACUGUCAAAGAUCAGCUGAACGAGAUGAAGGAGUUCAAAGUAGAAGUUUACCAACAGCAAAUUGAGAUGGAGAAACUCAAUCACCAGGGUGAAUUGAUGUUAAAGAAAGCUACUGAUGAAACUGACAGAGAUAUUAUACGAGAACCACUGACAGAACUCAAACACCUCUGGGAGAAUCUGGGUGAGAAGAUUGCACAUAGACAGCAUAAGCUGGAGGGCGCUCUCUUGGCCCUCGGCCAGUUCCAGCAUGCCCUAGAAGAGCUGAUGGGUUGGCUGACUCACACUGAGGAGCUGCUGGAUGCUCAGAGGCCAAUAAGUGGAGACCCAAAAGUCAUUGAAGUUGAGCUUGCAAAGCACCACGUUCUAAAAAAUGAUGUUUUGGCUCAUCAAGCCACAGUGGAAACAGUCAACAAAGCUGGUAAUGAACUCCUUGAGUCUAGUGCUGGAGAUGAUGCCAGCAGCCUAAGAAGCCGCCUGGAAACCAUGAACCAGUGCUGGGAAUCUGUGCUGCAAAAGACAGAGGAGAGGGAGCAGCAGUUGCAGUCAACUCUGCAGCAGGCCCAGGGUUUCCACAGUGAAAUUGAAGAUUUCCUCUUAGAACUCAAUAGAAUGGAGAGCCAACUUUCUGCAUCUAAACCUACAGGAGGACUCCCGGAGACAGCUAGAGAACAGCUUGAUGCGCAUAUGGAACUGCAUUCCCAGCUGAGAGCCAAGGAGGAGAUUUACAACCAGUUGCUUGACAAGGGCAGGCUUAUGCUCCUCAGCCGCGGUGAUUCUGGGUCUGGCUCAAAAACAGAGCAGAGUGUAGCGCUCUUGGAACAGAAGUGGCAUGUGGUCAGCACUAAGGUGGAGGAAAGAAAGUCAAAGCUCGAAGAGGCCCUCAGCCUGGCAACAGAAUUCCAGAAUUCCUUGCAAGAAUUUAUCAACUGGCUUACUCUAGCAGAGCAGAGUUUAAACAUUGCCUCUCCUCCCAGCCUGAUUUUAAACACUGUUCUUUCCCAGAUAGAAGAGCACAAGGUUUUUGCUAAUGAAGUAAAUGCUCAUCGAGACCAGAUCAUUGAACUGGACCAAACGGGGAACCAGUUGAAGUUUCUUAGUCAGAAACAGGAUGUUGUCUUGAUCAAGAAUUUGUUAGUCAGUGUCCAGUCUCGGUGGGAGAAGGUUGUCCAGCGGUCUAUUGAAAGGGGGCGGUCACUGGAUGAUGCCAGGAAGCGAGCCAAGCAAUUCCAUGAAGCUUGGAAAAAGCUGAUUGACUGGCUAGAAGAUGCGGAGAGCCAUCUGGACUCAGAACUGGAGAUCUCCAAUGACCCAGACAAAAUCAAGCUUCAGCUUUCCAAACACAAGGAAUUUCAGAAAACUCUUGGUGGCAAACAGCCUGUGUAUGACACCACCAUCAGAACUGGCAGAGCACUAAAAGAAAAGACUUUGCUUGCUGACGAUGCUCAGAAACUUGACAACUUGCUAGGAGAAGUCAGAGACAAAUGGGACACUGUCUGUGGCAAGUCUGUGGAGCGACAGCACAAGUUGGAAGAAGCCUUACUGUUUUCAGGCCAAUUCAUGGAUGCUUUGCAGGCUUUAGUUGACUGGUUGUACAAGGUAGAGCCACAGUUGGCUGAGGACCAGCCUGUACACGGGGACCUUGACCUCGUCAUGAACCUCAUGGAUGCUCAUAAGGUUUUCCAAAAAGAACUGGGAAAGAGAACCGGCACCGUUCAGGUCCUGAAGCGGUCAGGCAGAGAACUGAUUGAGAGCAGCAGAGAUGACACCACAUGGGUAAAAGGGCAGCUCCAGGAGCUUAGCACACGCUGGGAUACGGUGUGCAAACUCUCUGUUUCCAAGCAAAGCCGGCUUGAGCAGGCCUUAAAACAGGCAGAAGAGUUUCGGGACACCGUCCAUAUGCUGUUGGAGUGGCUUUCUGAAGCAGAACAAACACUUCGCUUUCGAGGGGCCCUUCCUGAUGAUACGGAGGCCCUACAAUCUCUCAUUGACACCCAUAAGGAAUUCAUGAAGAAAGUAGAGGAAAAACGGGUAGAUGUGAAUGCAGCAGUGGCGAUGGGAGAAGUCAUCCUGGCUGUCUGCCAUCCUGAUUGCAUCACGACCAUCAAGCACUGGAUCACCAUCAUCCGAGCUCGCUUCGAGGAGGUUCUGACAUGGGCAAAGCAGCACCAGCAGCGCCUGGAAACAGCUCUGUCAGAACUGGUGGCUAAUGCCGAGCUCCUGGAAGAACUUCUGGCGUGGAUCCAGUGGGCCGAGACCACCCUAAUCCAGCGGGAUCAGGAGCCUAUCCCUCAGAACAUAGACAGAGUUAAAGCUCUUAUCACCGAGCAUCAGUCAUUUAUGGAGGAGAUGACACGCAAACAACCUGAUGUGGACCGGGUCACCAAGACAUAUAAGAGGAAGAAUAUAGAACCCACCCAUGCUCCUUUCAUCGAGAAAUCCCGCAGUGGUAGCAGAAAGUCCUUGAAUCAACCCACACCUCCACCCAUGCCAAUCCUCUCACAGUCUGAAGCAAAAAACCCACGAAUCAACCAGCUCUCUGCCCGCUGGCAGCAAGUAUGGCUGCUAGCCCUGGAGCGCCAGCGGAAGCUGAACGAUGCCUUGGAUAGGCUGGAGGAGUUGAAGGAAUUUGCCAACUUUGACUUUGAUGUCUGGAGGAAAAAGUAUAUGCGUUGGAUGAAUCACAAAAAGUCUCGAGUCAUGGAUUUCUUCCGGCGUAUUGACAAGGACCAGGAUGGGAAAAUAACACGUCAGGAGUUUAUCGAUGGCAUUUUAGCAUCUAAGUUCCCUACCACCAAGUUAGAGAUGACAGCUGUGGCUGACAUUUUUGACCGAGAUGGGGAUGGCUACAUUGACUACUAUGAAUUUGUGGCUGCCUUACAUCCCAACAAGGAUGCCUAUCGACCAACAACUGAUGCAGAUAAGAUUGAGGAUGAGGUGACAAGACAAGUGGCUCAGUGCAAGUGUGCGAAAAGAUUCCAAGUGGAGCAGAUUGGCGAGAAUAAAUACCGGUUUGGAGAUUCUCAGCAGUUGCGGCUGGUCCGUAUUCUGCGCAGCACUGUGAUGGUCCGAGUUGGUGGAGGAUGGAUGGCCCUGGAUGAGUUUCUAGUGAAAAACGAUCCCUGCCGAGCACGGGGCAGAACUAACAUAGAACUUAGAGAGAAAUUCAUCCUGCCAGAAGGGGCAUCUCAGGGGAUGACUCCAUUCCGGUCACGGGGUCGAAGAUCCAAACCAUCUUCCCGGGCAGCUUCUCCCACCCGCUCCAGCUCAAGUGCUAGUCAGAGUAACCACAGCUGUACGUCCAUGCCUUCUUCUCCAGCCACCCCAGCCAGUGGGACCAAGGUUAUUUCAUCAACAGGCAGCAAGCUGAAACGACCAACACCAACUUUUCAUUCUAGCCGAACAUCCCUUGCUGGUGACACCAGCAAUAGUUCUUCCCCAGCUUCCACAGGUGCCAAAACUAACCGGGCAGACCCUAAGAAGUCUGCCAGCCGUCCCGGGAGUCGGGCUGGGAGCCGGGCCGGGAGCCGAGCCAGCAGCCGUCGAGGAAGUGACGCCUCUGACUUUGACCUUCUAGAGACACAGUCAGCGUGUUCAGACACUUCUGAGAGCAGUGCCGCAGGGGGGCAGGGCAGCUCCAGAAGAGGGCUCACCAAACCCUCCAAAAUCCCAACCAUGUCUAAGAAGACCACCACUGCCUCCCCCAGGACUCCAUGUCCCAAGCGAUAACACUGUACAAGCAGCCCACACCACUCUCCACUUUGAAUCCUGCUUCAUACGUUGGGUGUAUAUUUAUUCUGAACGGGAGAAGUUAUAUUGUUAAAAUUGUAAAAGAAUAAUUGUGUUAUGAAGCUGCCUUAUUUUUUUUUCCUUUUUGUAAGUUACUAUUUUCAUGUGAAUAUUUAUGUAGAUAAAAUUUGACUCCUGGUAACCCUGUAACAGAUAGGGCCCAGAGAUGAAAUAUUUGAGGAAAACAAAAGGUCAAGAUGCAGAUGUAUUAAAAAGAAAAGCCUCGGAAUAGGGUUUCCUGUGGGGCAGGGUUAUAAACCUGCUUUAUCUUUUAGGAUUAUUCCUAAAUGCAUCUUCUUUAUAAACUUGACUUGCUAUAUCAGCAAGAUAAAUUAUAUUUAAAAAAAAAUAAGAAUUCUGCAAUGUUUAAGGAACUCUUCUUUCUAAAUCACAGACACCUCAACUAGCAAGGGUUAAGGAGAGGACACUUAAGGUUGCAUUUCCAUCGUUUUACUGCUGUGUAAUUUUAGCUGAAGACACAGAACCUCAUCUAGAUAGGCUUUGCACAUGAUAGAGCAAAGAGUCCAUUGCAAUACUGUCUUAAAGUAAUGUCUCAGUACGGGGUGUUAAAGGGCACAUAGCUGCUAGGAUUCAGGGGUAAAAGGAAACUUCAGAACAUUGGGGUUUUAAACUGAUUUGUAACAAACUGUCCAACCCAGCCCUCAAUGACUCCUGUGCUCACCAGGCCCCAGGCCCCUGGUGAGGGGACUCCUUGGUGGCACUGUGAAUUACAGAUUUGUUUAUCUGCUUUUUUUUUUCUAUUUAUUUAAAUGGUCGAUCAACCUCCCAUAAACUGAGGGAUGACUUCCAUGCGCCCAUUUUGAAAUGUGGACCUAAGACAAACACUGACUCAUCCUUAACGGAGUUCACCAGCACACUAGUCCGUUUGCUUCCGUCUCCUGUGUGUGUAAUAAAGUCAGCUGACCAAGUAACCACAGAGGGGCUGUCUGGGGCUCCCGUUUUUUAGCUGCUGUUCCUUGUCAGCUCUGACCAUGUUGCUGUGUGAUUAUCUCAAUUGGUUUUAAUUGAGGCAGAAACUGAAGCUCUACCAAUGAACUGUUUAAAAACAAGACACACUUUUGUAUUAAAAUUGCUUGCAGUAACAAAUGUUUUGUAAUUCCUGGCUUUAUUCUGAACCACUACUUUAUAUUUAAAUGUUACCGCUAAGGUAUGAAAAUGUUGUAGUACCUAAAUACAUCAUUCAACAAGAGUUUUCUUGAUGGAAAAAAAA